AUGCCACAAUACACAGGAAAAACAAGCAGUUCACGUUCAAGCUCAGAAGAAUCCCACAGUGAAAGCCAAGAAAACAGAGGAGAAUUAUCCAGCGAAGAAUUACCUCUAUCCCGACGGCGACCGCAUCAAAAGUCCCGCUCGGGCUGCACAGUAUGCAAACGACGAAGAAUUAAGUGCGAUGAAACAAAACCUGAAUGUCGGCAGUGCCAGCUUCACGGUGUACACUGCAUCUACAAGCCGGCUGAAGAGCGAUACUUUAUGAGAUGCCGACCCCUGAGACUGAUUCUCCAGAACCAGACACCUACUGGUCACAAUUUCUCUCUGUCACUUGCAAUGAAGAAAAUAUCGGCCAUGUCCUGCACUCCGCUGGCGACAUGGUGUCGGUGA